GACAGCUGGUGUGUAAGUUGUUCAGUUCAGUUGUUACUGUGCAAACUGUCACUUCGGUUAACCAUUUUCAUUGCGUGAAAAGCUUAAAUAGAUUUAUAGGAAACUAGACGCGAACUUUUACUGUUUGGAGAGAGAAAAUGUCUGCUGUUUGGUUACACAUUGGCCAGUGUGGUAACCAGAUUGGUUGGGAUUGGUGGAAUCUCAUCACACGAGAUGAUAUCCUAAAAACUGAAGGUGACAGGUACCCGUUUUUUAACCAUGAUAGCCAUUUAGCCGCAGUGUUUGUUGACAGUGAACCCAAAGUGUUAAGAAGGCUUCAGAGAAAAGUUCAGCGAAGGUAUUUACAGGAAUCCAAUCUCAUAUUUGGACGGAAAGGAAGAGGCAGUAACUGGGCAUAUGGGUACCAUGGUCCACAUUCAGAAACAGAAGAGACCAGCUUGCUUUGCAGGACAAUGGAAUGUUUGCGGAAGGAGGUGGAAAAGCGUGAUUGUUAUAAUGGGAUGGUGAUGCUGCACAGCCUGAGCGGGGGAACAGGAUCUGGUCUUGGAGCUCACCUUUGUGAAGCAGUUCGAGAUGAGUACCCUCUGGGUCAUAUCUUGUCUGUGUCUGUGUCCCCUUAUCGAACUGGAGAAUGUCCCCUUCAACACUACAACUCUUUACUUUGUCUCUCCUGGCUGCAAAGGUGCGGAAUUAGUAUUGGAAUGGAACCAUGGGAGUUGCUUCGGUCUGUUUGCCCAGUGCCAUCGACUAAAUUCCUCUGCUUGAACCACAUCAGCAAGAGAGGGACAGCAUUCUGGGAUAGCAUGAGUUCCUCAGUUGUGCACAUGUUACAGCGGCAGUCUCAUCUUGGGAAACCAUAUUAUAGUACCUCUGUGCUGGCUGUUGCUCGAGGCAACCAUGAUAAUUCUUUCUUUUCUUCAGUGGACUCUGUGCUUUCAAAACUGAAGCAAGGCUACAGGUGUGCUUCAUGGAAUCCAUUUCCCAUCGACUACUGGACAGAUCCUCAGAAUGUUGUGGACCCAUUACCUCACAGUCAGUCCCUCACAGUGUGUGCAAAUCAUAGUAGUGUCACCGGCCAUUUACAGCAUGUUAUUGAGAAAGCCCGAGCAAUGUAUCAGUCACGUGGUUACUUGCACUGGUACUGGAAGUACGGCUGUGAGGACGAAGAUUUUCAAGAAGCAUUCGAGACACUCCAGUUCAUUGUGGAUAGUUACAACUCAGCAGAAGAGCAGUGAUAAACACUGACAUGUCUGAUUUUGUUGAAUAAUAUAUUUAAUUGUGAACUGAUAUUAACACUGGCUUUGCUGUUGGCAGUGAAGUGUUAAUUUAACUACUGCUUUCAAAUAGCGUCUGGUAACGACCUGGAACUCUGAAUGUAGUAUUAAGACUGUGGGUUGCAGUAACAGUCUUAAACAUCUCUAGCAGUUGGUAUUGCAGAUUUCUCUAUUUCUAAAAAAAAAUAUUUUUAUUAAGUUUUCAUGAUACAAUGUUAAUAUUGGUAAAAAUAUUGAGCUUUGAGGAUUACAGGCUUUAAAAUGGUAAAAGUGAAUGAAAAUGUGAAAAAACUAAUAUAUCUGUUAAUAGUUGCAACAAAAAAUCUAAGUUUUGCUGCAGCAUUUGAGCUGAUCAGCAGGCUGAACUUUAUAUACAAAAUGUGCAGUGUUUCAGCUGCCUUUCAUUAAAGUUAGGAAAAGCUGUUAGGUAUUACAAUUUUAUUUAUUUAUUUCUGAAAGAAGUCUUCCAGAACUAUAUGAUGUGGUGAAUGUCGUAGUCUAUGUCUUACAUGGUUGCUUUAGUUUACAUGUUUAUAUUGUAGAGUCUAUUUAUUAAAAUGGAUUUUAAUUUUCCAGCUUGGCAGUAUGAAA